CGCAAUCUCACAUUGCUAGCUCACACAGCAUGUCUAGCUACGGGGCACAGAAGCGCGGAGGCGGCUUCGACCACUACAGCAACGGCAACUCGCAGAAAUAUGCGCGCCCGGAUAAUUCCAAUUUCCAUCCCCGAAAUCCGAACUUCAAUGCUCAUCAGCCUCGGAACCACAACUACCCCACCUCUCAGAGUGGUCCUCCUACGAGCAAGGAGCGCAGGGGCGAGACCGCGCACCUUGACUAUAUCGACCGCCUGCCUGAUAGCUCAAAAUGCGAGCCGUGCAAGCUGGCCAAAGAAGAGGCGGACGCAGGCAUAAUUGGGCUCCUGGCAAAGGUCGAAGCAGACGAGCAGAUGCCGGAGGGCGACAAGGACAUACUGCGCUGUGCUGGCGAGUUGCGAAGACUGCUCUCUGCCCGGAACGACAAGAAGCACGCCAAGCAGAUGAAACAAUUGGACAAGGCACGACCGUUUGAGGGCAAAUAUGUGAUGAUCCCAGGAUACAUCGAGCAGCAGAUAGAGAAGGCGAAGUCCCUACCAUCUCUUCCACCCAUCGAACCUUCGCUAGAGGUACAAGUUUUCACGCACGCUUCCGUUUAUGAGUCAAAGGCCAAGGCGAAAGGUCUCACCUCUACCGACGACCUCACCUACGAACGCCUCGAAUUCAUCGGAGAUGCAUAUCUCGAAGUGAUAGCCACACGGCUGAUUGCGCAUCGCUUGCCGCACCUGGAUGUUCCGUCACAAGCACAUUUCCGCGAACAAUUGGUCAGGAACGACACAUUGGCAAAAUUCUCAAAUGACUACGGCUUAGUCGAUCGAAUGAAACAUGCAUCGCACUUGAAACCAGGCACAGCCUCCAAGGUCUGGACCAAGAUAACAGCCGAUGUGUUCGAAGCCUACGUCGCCGCCGUGGUGCUCUCGGACCCCGUCGAGGGAUUUCUCACGGCUGAGAAAUGGAUGAACCAGCUCUGGGCUGAGCAGGUGCUAGAGUACCGUGCGCCUAUUCUUGUUGAAAAUGUCAACGCUCAAGAGGAGCUUCAUAGGCUCAUCCAAAUGAACCACAUCAAGGUCACUUACAUGGAGGAGAAGCAAAUGGAGAUGACGGCAACCGGUGUCCAGCAAUAUUACCAGGGUGUCUACUUGACAGGCUGGGGUUACGAGAAUGAGUGGCUCGGCAGCGGUGUGGGGAGGAACAAGUCACAAGCUGCCGUGAACGCCGCGCAGGAUGCGUUGACAAGGAACAACAACGCACUGCAGACAGCUACGAGCAAGAAGAAAGAGUUUCUGGCACACCAGCAAAUUGAGCGAGACCAGAAGCGAGCGGACCUGCGAAGACAGGCAGCUGCCGGCGACGAGGAGGCAAUCGCCGAACUGAGACGCAUCAUCAGCAACGAUAUUCGGAUCAAGACGAAACUAGCAGGCAAAGGAGAUGAAGCAGCGGCAGCCACGCUGAAGGAGCUUAUUGCCGAAGAAGCAGCUCUUCCUAAGGAGGUUGAUUCGAAGGACGGAGACGGACGCAACGCCCAGAGUCAGAUUAGUGGCAGGGCCGAUGAGACCAAGGGCUAUACUCAAUUUCAGAACACCGCCAAUGGAAACCCCAACACGACUCCUUCAAAGAAGACCAAGAAGAAUAAAGACGCCAUCAGAGAAGGCUCAAAAACUACAAAAGACACCAAACUGAGCUCAGAGGACUUUCUUGCCAAUAUCAUGGCAGGAGGCAAUACCGAGUUGACGGCAGCGAAAGAUACCCGGAAGGACGGCAGCUCGUGGCUAGAGAAGGAGCAAAAGAAGAAGGAGAAGGAAGAACGGAAGAAACAGGAGAAGAUGGCGAAGAAGGACAAAAGGGCGAACGCAGCGUAGCUGUCUGACAUUCACCUGAGCCUUCAGUAAUUAGGAUGGAAAUCGGAAUUUCAGUAGUGAUGCCCUUGGCGCAUGAGGACGUGUGACGUCGUAAGCAUAUGCAGC